UUCGCAAUUGUAAAAAAUCAAACGCCGUGACUAACUUAAAAUGAGUCAAGUGAGCAUUUUUGAACUGCCCACCGAGUGCCUGUUUGAAAUAUUUAAGUACAUAAAAGAGAACUGCGAGAGAGAGAAACCAAAUGCGCCCGACGAAAUCACGUAUGAAGAUUUCAUUAGUUUGGCCAUUUGCUGCGAAUCGUUUGACGAUCUGAUCCAGGAAUGGAAAAUUGAUCUAUAUGACAGGCUUUGGGAAAAUGUGCGCCUUCCGAGGAUCAUAACUCACAUCGACUUUGAAGAUGUGAAUGCCAUGUUAAAGAGAAGGUCAGCAAAAGAAAAGGAAACCUACUGGAGGGAGCUCAGCCACAUUAUCAGGGACGCUCCUGUGACCACUAUCUCAUUGCGUUACGCUCCCAAAUCAUUCCACAGUGAUCACUUGAAAGCAUUUCAGACCGUCUUAUGUGAACUACAAAACAAGUUAAAUCUGCAAAGGUUGGACAUUUAUGUACGGGGCUUCACCGUAAAAGGUCUGGGAGGAAUUAGAAGCCUCGAGACACUCCGGUUAGAUAUCCGGAUGGAUAUUGAUGAUUUGAUUGAAAUCUGCCGCCUGAACAAAAACUUGCGAGUUCUGGAAUACAUGAAUAAUGAAACGGGAGGAAAGGGCACUCUUAAACCUCUGCUGGAGGCAUUGGUCGCAAAUCAGAGCAAAGUCCUCGAAAAAUUGUGCAUAUACAAUGUACCAUUGGACCACAAUGAAACGCAGGCAAUGGCCCAGAUCGAUACAUUAACUCAAGUGGAGUGUGGAUUUGACGAUCACCAGAGCAUUGGGCUCUUGUACCAGCUGACCAAACUCAACCACUUGAAGAUACUGUCCAAACAAGACUUUGGGGUAAUAUCGGAGCAAGUUCUGAGGAUUUUAGUGGAUUCAAAGACUUAUACGAACAUUGAGCUAGUCAGUUUGACAAUAUCAUAUGAACCAUGUGGAAAACUUACACUUGAUUUGAGAGAGCAGAAUGCAAACGCCUCCGACUACAGUUCAUUUUUGACGCUGCCAGGUUUGUCUUCGCUGGUAAUUGUAAAAUCGCCCCAAGGUGGUUCACGUAAGUCGAUUCUCAAUGGAUUCAGAAACGCACCCAUAAUGCCGAGCUUGUGGUUGGGAAAUAUCACGGCAGAGGAAUUUGCAGCUGUAUCUGAAAUCGCGUCCCUGAAGAGAUUGACGUGUGGAUUUGCCAAAACUCAAAACGCUGAGCUCCUAGCGCUGCUACCCGUGCUCGAGGAAUUGACUAUUACAUAUGUGCCAUCAUCUCCAGGAUCCCUCCAGGGCCUCCUGGCUGCACUAGCUUCGAGGGAGUUGCAGACAUUACAAAAGCUGAGUUUGAAAGUUGUGAUCGAUACCGUGGAUGCAAAGGAACUGGCCCGUCUGAGAUCUUUGCGAACUUUGGAAUGUCAGUUCGCUGAUCCUCUGGACAUUCUGCUUCUGUCUCAACUCCCCGAACUCGAAAAGCUGAACCUAAAUGCCAUUGACAUGCUAGACCAGAUAUCGCCUUUGGUCCUUAUAGUUAUAAAGUCCUGCAAAAAGUUGGCUGAAAUUCAUAUCAAGUGUAAUACAAUCCACUCCGGUCAUGUCGACAUGAAAUCGUCUGAAAUGCUCGUCGAAAUGCUGGAGGCCUUCCAAGAUAAACUUAAUAUACUGAUCAACGACUGCAAUAUAUUCGGGAAUCGUGAAAAAAAUAUAUUGAUCGUUAAAAUGGAUUUCUUUAAAAAAAAUAAACUCGCGAUAGAAUCCUUAGCCCGUGUUCAAUCUCUAAACCAUAUGGAAAUACAAUCCCUCGAAGUUGGGGAACUGAGGGAUCUCUUUGCCGCCCUAGCGAUGAGAACUAAUUCCAAUCUACAGAGUCUGUGCAUUCCCUACAGUUCGCUCGACUUUAGUGAGACUACGGAAUUGGCCAAGAUUACUUCGUUGACCAAAUUGAAAGGCCACAUCUCCGAUAAACGAAGUCUCCAACACUUACUCCAUUUAAGCAAUUUCGAAGUUUUGAAUGGAUUAGAAUGGAGAGGACAGCUUCGCAGAAGCAUCACGUUCGAUAAGUUCACUGGGCAAUUGACUAUUAUUAACCUUACGGCCAAUGAAUUACCUGACAACAUUGGACUGAAUCCCCUAGCUAGCCUGCAGAAUUUGCGGCACGUUACUAUUUCUGGAGUCUAUAAAGUGGGCUCCAUGCGCGAUUUCUUGGGCCAGCUGGCCACCUGUCAAGGGAAGACUCUGCAGACACUGCAGAUAUUUCCGAACGGAGAUCUGAACUAUGCAGAGCUGAGGGAAGUGAUUCAAAUGAAGUCCCUUCGAGCCCUGGCCUGCGGGUUAUCCCAACUUAAUAUAAUGCAAAUAGAACAGCUGGGACUAUUUCCUCAGCUAGAAUCGCUGAUUGUUGUUUCCCAUCGAACGGACUCUUUAGGGAGCCUACUUUGGAUUCUUGCCAAGAAGUGCCCCACACUAAGAAAUCUGACUGUAAUGGGCGAAAGUCUCACCCCCCAAGAGGUGACCAAUGUAUCUGCUAUAAGUUCCUUGAAGCGACUCGAGUGCGGGUUCUGCAGCACAAAGGGUCUCGAUGUAUUGUCACAGCGUUCCUGCAUCGAGGAGCUGGUCAUGAAAACUAGGAACGGUGAAGCCCCUCUGGUAGAUCUGCUGACUGCUUAUGCAGCUUCUGGCGAAUCAAAGAUUCAGAAAUUAACUAUCGAUGGUCCGGCAGUCGGUCAGGAAUUAGCUACCGUACUAAGCCAUGUUCUCCGCAUUCCGAGACUGAAGUCCUUGAAGCUCCCAAUCAAAGAUACCCAGGGCAUUGAGCUAUUGGCAGAGUUUUUGCAUUUAGAAGAGUUGAUUCUCUCCUCGGACCCCGAAAGAGGUUCUCUAGCAGUUCUCUUCCGGGCACUGUCACUGAAGGACUCCACCAAAUUAAAGAACUUGGUUAUAGAGAACACAUCCAUUAGCCCUGAAGAGGCUCGCCACCUCAUGCAGGUGGACUCAAUCACAAGCCUUAAGUUUGACUUCAAAGACGAAGAAAUCUUCCCCCUCUUGGCUAACAUGACUAAUCUUGAGAAUCUGGAAAUCACCACGGAUCAUGAAUUUGGAAAUAAUAAUCUUGCUGGUCAUCUCCUUGACAUCUUGCGAGGAUGUCGAAAACUUAAGACAAUUAAUUUGGGAAUCACACCACGCUGCAUCUCCCGUGACUUCCUGAAAAAGUCUUUAGACGUACUGAAAUCA